AUAAAGAGCGGAGGGGACGAAGGGAGGGUGUGCAGAGCCGUGUCCGUGCACCGGGGCCAUGCAGUGAGUGCCCACGGGGAGCAGCCAUCGGGACUGCAGCUGUGGGACAUCCCAGCAUCCGUGGGACAUUCCGGCAGCAGCCGUGGGACAGCCAUCUCGCCACCUGCCAGCUCCCUGUGAGACACCGUUGUGCCCCAGCUCAAGAUGCAGAGGUGUGCGGGUUUCCUGUUUCUGUCUUUAAUCCUUUGUGCCGCCCUGUCAGAAACAUUCGGACUGGUUUUGUCUGCAAAAGAAAAAAGGGGCUGGACUUUGAACAGUGCUGGUUACCUACUUGGGCCACGUCGUAUUGAUCACCUUUUAAUGAUAAAGGAAAUGCCCAUUGCAAGGGGGAGAGAAGAGGCACCAGGGGCAUAUGCAGUAGAUAACCACAGAUCUUUUAAUGACAAACAUGGUUUCACUGGUAAACGUGAAAUACAGCCUGAUGAGGAUAUAAAAGCAGGAAAUCUUGGAAGACCACUGGCUGACGAAAACAUUGUGCGCACAAUAAUUGAAUUUUUGACUUACUUGCAUCUCAAAGAGGUGGGAGCACUUGACAAUUUAUCUUCACCAGAGGAAACAAACCAGUCUUGAAGAAGAAAAUAUUUUUAUUCUGUUGUAGUGCAAAUCUGAUUCAAUUCUAAACAAAAGAUCCAGAAGAACAG